AUGAAGAACCAUUUUGUAGUGUUGUCCGAUCAAAAUGAGGAAGAUGAUUUGGAGGGGUUUGUUGAGGUCGAGAAUGAUACUAGCAAAGAAAAUGAAUCUAGUAUACAAAAGGCAAAGUGUAAGUAUUGUAAGAGUGCACUCUCUUACUCUGGAAAUAAUGGAACCUCACACCUUCUCAAACAUGCUAAAAAAAUAUGUUCGGGAAGGCAUUUGAAGCUUCCGUCUGGUCAAUUACAAUUGAAGAUUAAGACCGAAGUUGAUGGGACUACUUCUUUGACAGUUAAGGAAAAACAAAAGAAAGUGAUAUUUGAUCAAGAUGUUUCAAGGCGAGAGUUGGUUAGAAUGGUACUAAUACAUGAAUAUCCUUUGUCAAUCGUGGAUCAUCUUGGUUUUAGGAGCUUUGUCAAGAGCUUAAAUGAUAAUUUCAAGAUUAUUUCAAGGAACACGUUAAGGAGUGAUGUGAUGAAAAUGUACAACAAUGAAAGAAUUUCUCUUAAGGAUUUGUUAGAGGCUAAUGAGGGUAGAGUGGCAAUAACAAUCGAUAUGUGGACCUCCAAAUAA